CUUCAUAGAGACCAUGGCCAAGUGGACCGUCGCGGAGGCCAAGUCUGAUGCCGUCAGCAAGAGAAUGCUGCUGGAACAUCUGCAGUCGAACGCGGAGAACGCCUGGCUGGACCAGCGGAAGCUGGUUGGCCAGCCGACCGCCGUGCUGAAGCGCGUCACGAAGGAUGCGCUCGUGCAGGCGUACGAGGAGCUCUCCUCGGGCAGCGGCGGCGAGGCGGCCGCGCCCAGCGGCAGCUUCAAAUUCGCCGCGUCGCCCCCCUCGGGCGGCGCGUCCGGCGGCACCUUCAAGUUCGAAGCGCCGCCGAGCGGCGGCAGCGCCGGCUCUCCCGCCUUCGCUUUCAGCGCGCCGCAGGAAGCGUCGGCGCGCGCCGACCCGUUCGCCUUCAACUUUUCGUCGGCGGCGGGCACGCCGAUUGCUGGCGACGCCGUUGCUCUCGAGGCGAGCGACGCCUUGCAGAAGGAUAAGGCUCAGCGCGACUUGAGCGCGGCGCAGCGGCGCGACGCGACGUUGGCGGGCCUGCCUGCGGCGGUGCGCGGGCGGGUCGAGGCGCUGGAGAAGCUUCAGGAGGAGAGCGACGCGGUGCAGCGCGACUUCGACGCGAAGCUCGCGGCUCUGCGGAUGGAGUGCGAGCAAAAGAAGGCGCCGCUCUUCAAGUCGCGCGCCGAGGCCGUCGGCGGCGACGGCGUGCCCGACUUUUGGCUGACCUGCUUGCGGAACCACAUGAUGCUCUCCGAGGAGAUCCAAAAGGCGGACGAGCCCGUCCUCAAGCACCUCCAGGACAUCAAGUGCUCGUCCACCCUCGGCCCGGGCAAGCCCGGCUUCCAGCUCGCCUUUCUUUUCGGGCCGAACCCGCACUUUGAGAAUGAGACCCUCACAAAGACCUACCUGCUCGACCCGACUGACGAGGACGAGGUGCUCGAACGUGCGCUCGGCACCGACAUCAAGUGGAAGGAGGGGAUGGACGUGACCGUGCGGAUGGUGGAGAAGCGGCAGAAGAAGAAGGGCAAGGUGCGCACCAUCAAGGUCGAGGAGCCGACCGACUCCUUCUUCAACUUCUUUGACCCGCCAGAGAUCCCGGAGGACGACGAGGAGAUGGAAGAG